UUUGGUAGCUUCAGUCGAACGCCGGUCGCUGCCGUGAACGGAUGUCUUAUACGCUGGCGAAGCGUGAAUCAGUUACGACGAACUUUAUGUUACGUCACGUUUGAUAGUGAGGUUCUAGUGGCAUGGUGGUUCAAUGAUUACGUUAAAAUGGUGCGGCGUAAAGAUAAACGCUUUACGCAUCUGUGCGCGGUGUUCGUUUGGCUGUUAACCUGUUUUAACGGACUGAAUGCUGUGAAGAUAGUGAAAGUUGUGGUACCAGAAAUAAUUCAAUACGGUGUACAAGAAGCCGUUAUAUUAGACUGUGAUUAUACAUACGGUAAUAAUACUUCAGGGUUAGUAGUGAAAUGGUUCUUCAAGAAUAAAGCGAGACCUGUGUAUCAAUGGAUUGCGUCACAGAAACCUCAGGAUAUGGGAAUAUUGCGAGGUCGAGUCGAUUUGACGUAUCGAGCUUCAAAUGAUCCAUUAAAAAUGCAUAGGGCUCUUCGUAUCGUGAAACCGAACACGGACAUUUCGGGCGACUAUACAUGUGUCGUGUCGACAUUUAUGGAGGAAGAUUCAAGGACAAAACAAAUGAUUGUUUUCGUACCGGAGACGAACUUCCGCCUGAUCCAGAACAAGACUGAUGAUGACACUGUGAACGUCAUCUGCGCAGCGGAAGGUGCAUUCCCUGCGCCGAACCUGACACUGGCAACGCCGGAGAGGCGACUAGACGGCGUGUCUCACAGUCUUAAGUUGGUGAAUGGACGGUACUCAGCCGUCGCGUCGGUCACGCUGUUGGAUGCUGAUCUGCCGUCACCAGCGGAGUUCAUUUGCACUUUGCGGAUACCACUCGCAAACUACGCGGUCCGGAAAGAGGCUAUUUACUAUCCAGGACCAAUCAGCACUACCCCCGAGAUGCCGACCGCUGCUGAUAUGCAAUUAGCAGCUGCUGUAGGAUCUAAAGGUGCACAUUUUAAUUCAGCAGUAACCAUGAUUCUGAUGCCUGCUUUAGCUCAAUUAAUUUUAUCAUAAAUAAUAAUAACAAAGAUAUCAAAGCAUUACGAACAGCAUCCUUAACGUUUAUCAUUAAGCCUGCAGUCAACAAUUCAUCGUAAGCAUGAAACUGAACCAGAUCUCUAGUCAUAAUAUCCAAAAUUUCACCAAAAACUCCAACACACUCUAAGUGUGUUCAAACACUUCCUUUCAAUUGAAGUUUAGCUUCUGUGUCUACAUUAAACGCGCUAUCUGUAAUGUUAAGUAAGUAAUUUAGGUAAAAAAAUUGUACAGCUCUAUUACGUGAAUUUUCAUACUUAAAUAUUUUUCUUAAUAAAAAAAAAUGUUAUAAAUGUAAAUAGCGUUCCCUAUUUAUAUUGAACUGUAAAAAUGAUGUUUGUGUAGAUAGAGUAUUAUGAGGGCCUAAGAUUGGACGUUUUUUAAGUAGACAAUUUAAAUAUAUUUUAUAUUCAAUUAAAUUAUUUGCAUUAUAACAACCGUAGUUGUCAAACCGAUACAGAUUACUAGUAUCGGAAGUUGCUCCCAUUUUCAUUAUCAUUUUGAUGAAUUACGUUAAUUUUAACACAUUUUUAUGUGACACGUAGGACUUUAUAAAAUGAAACGCUCAUAUUUUACUUGCUUAUCUGAACAAUAUGUACGUAAGAAUAUACAGUUUAACCAUUAUAGGACAAUUACUCGAACAAUAGUGAAUAACUUUAUUACAGCGUCGUAUGCACGUGAUCGUUCCACAUUGCAUGUUUUGAAGUCAUGCAUAUAUGAUUCUUGGGUAUUAGGAUCUUAUCUGAACAUGUAAUAAUAACACAAUACUUUGUUUAUUAAACUUCCUUUAUACGUUUACAUGUAACUUCGAGUAUUUCGAUAUUCAAAAUCUUAUCUUUUUUUAUAGUUUGUUAC